AUGGAGAUCUUCGGGCUCGCGUGGGCCGUGGCCUCGUCGCCGGUGCUGCUGCUCUCGACCGUGUCCGGCGCGCUGGGACUCUGGAUCCUCUUCGUCGUCGUCUACCGCCUGACCCUGCACCCGCUGGCCUCCUACCCGGGCCCCCCGCUCGCCAAAAUCACCGACAUCUACCUGGCCUACUACGCGUACAAGGGCUCGCGGCACCUGGCCUUCCACGCCGCGCACGCGCGCUACGGGCCGUACGUGCGCCUGGGCCCCAACCUGCUGUCGGUCAACACCGCGUCCGGGCUGAAGACUAUCUACGGCUUCCGUAGUAACGUCAAGAAGGCGGAUUUCUACAAGGCGUUUCCCAGCACCCCCGCUGCGGUCAGUGUGCACUCGGCUAUUGAUAAGGCGCAGCAUGCGCGCAAGCGCAGGGUCAUGAGCUCCGCGUUUAGCGAUGCGGCGAUUCGCAGUCUGGAGAAGUACAUUAUUGCGAAUGUACGGGUGGGGUGCGAGUUGCUGGGCCGCAGCGAGGCGCGUGUGCCGGGUGAGAAGGCGGGGGAUGGUGAGUGGAAGGGCGCGUGGAACGCGGCGCAUUGGUGCGAGUGGUUGGUGUUUGAUAUCAUGGGCGAUUUGGUGUUUGGCAAGGCGUUUGGCAUGCUGGAGAGCCCCGUGAACCGCUUUGCGACGCAGCUGGUGGGAAAUGCGGCGCACAGGCAUCUGAUUUGCGGUACACAUCUGACCAUCCACAACUGGCACUUGGAUAAGCUGUUCUUCCGCAAGAUUGCUGGCCAGCGCGCGCAGUACAUGCAGUACAGCAAGGGACAGUCGAUGGAGCGCACGAAGCUGGGUCUCGAGGCUGACCGCAAGGACUUCUUCUACUACUUGCUGAACGCGAAGGAUGCAGAGACGGGCGAGGGCUUCACCGUGAACGAGUUGUGGGGCGAGUCGAACUUGCUGAUUAUUGCCGGCUCUGACACCACAUCGACCGCGAUGUCUGGCACUUUCUUCUACCUGGCACACAACCCCCAGGUUCUGGAGAAGCUGUGCCGGGUCAUCCGCGAGACCUUCUCGGAUGUCGAGGAGAUCGUCACCAGCCCCAAGCUGAGCAGCUGCGCAUACUUGAAGGCCUGCAUCGACGAGACGAUGCGCAUGACGCCACCCGUCGCCGGUGCCCUUCCCCGCCAGGUCCUGCCGGGCGGUAUGGAGAUCGAUGGUAAACACAUCCCGGCCGGCGUUGACGUGGGCGUGCCGAUCUACACCAUCCAUCACAACGCGGAAUACUUCCCCCAGCCGUUCGACUACGUUCCCGAACGCUGGCUCGCCGACGCGUCGGCCAACCCCAUGCACAGCAGCCUGCCUGCUGCGCAGUCGGCAUUCAACCCCUUCAGCAUCGGACCGCGGGGAUGCAUUGGCAAGGGCCUUGCGUACGUCGAGCUGACGGUCACGAUCGCGAGGGUUCUGUAUCUCUACGAUCUGAGGCUCGCUCCUGGGACGACACUGGGUGCUGGCAGCAAGGAUCUGGAAGUCGGGAGGACGAGGGCUACAGAGUACCAGAUCCAGGACGUUUUUGCAAGUAAGAAGGACGGACCGAUGUUGCAGUUCCGGGCUAGAAUUUGA